CGAACACAUUCGGUCGGCGAUGGGGAUGGAAAAGUCUCUUGAAGUGCAUAUAUCUAAAUGGCUGUGCUGUGCCGCUUCCUGCUACGAGGUGCCGCAGAAUUCCAGCUACCAAUGGGGUGUGGGGGUACGAGGAGGAGGAGAUGGCAAGGGCUGCAAGGGACCAAAGGGUGACAUUUUGCCGGGAGAAAUGGUGCAAGACGAAAAGGUUUGCGGCGUCUUUUAUUGCGCGACCGACAAGGGGGACGGCUUCAUCCACUACUGCCAACUAACAGCAACAUUCGCAGAGUGCAGUGGAACUACCGUGUCGACAACGGUGGACUUUCCCGAUUGCUGUUGGUUGUGCGUCAAGGAUAAGAAGUGCGAUAAGGAAGGUGGAGCAGAAGCAGGAGGAGCAGGAGGAGCAGAAGGAGCAGGAGUGGCCACAGAGAAGCCCCCACCUUAACGAGCACUCUUCAAUCAGUUCAACAAAAGUCCAGAUCGAAAUCUCUUAAAACACUUGUUACUUGUGAUGGUUUUCUUAAAUAAACAAUCCUAUACGAGUACAGUUCUCAA